UAUACGUUUGUACAGUCCAGUCUCUGCUCGUCAUAUAGUGUAGAACUCCUUAAAAAGGACCAAAAAACAGCUAGGAUUCGAGUUUUUGAGUAGAGAAUUCGACCCUUUUCAGAGAUGAAGAGAUUUUUUAAACCAGUGGAAAAAGAUGGCUCUUCCAAGAAAGCCAAUGUCUCUGCUUCUUCCCCUUUUUCCUCAGUUAAUGAUGGUGAAGAAACUGCAGAAAUCUCUUCAGAGAAUGGCGACAAUAAGGAGCCUUUAAAGUUCUUGACGUGGAAUGCUAAUAGCUUUCUUUUGAGAGCGAAGAAUGACUGGCCUGAGUUCAGUAAAUUCGUGGAGAAUCUUGACCCUGAUAUCAUCGCCAUACAGGAAGUAAGGAUGCCUGCAGCCGGCUCCAAGGGAACACCUAAAAAUCCUAGAGAGUUGAAAGAUGACACAAGCUCUUCACGUGAAGAAAAGCAGGUUAUGAUGCGUGCCCUAUCAAGUCCACCUUUUCGAAAUUAUGCAGUUUGGUGGUCUCUUUCAGAUUUUAAGUAUGCUGGUACUGCAUUACUUAUUAAAAAGUGCUUCAAACCACAGAAGGUCUCUUUCUCACUUGAUCGAACAGGUUCAAAGCAUGAACCAGAAGGUCGGGUAAUUUUGGCUGAAUUUGAGUCAUUCCGGUUUCUUAAUACCUAUGUGCCGAACAAUGGUUGGAAAGAUGAGGAAACUUCUUUUCAGAGGAGAAGAAAAUGGGAUAAGAGGAUGCUAGAGUUUGUUUUGCAAAACUCAGACAAACCUCUUAUCUGGUGCGGUGACCUCAAUGUCAGUCAUGAGGAUAUAGAUGUGAGCCAUCCAGAAUUUUUCAGCACAGCAAAGCUUAAUGGUUAUGUCCCCCCAAACAAAGAGGAUUCUGGGCAGCCUGGAUUUACACUGUCUGAAAGGAAGCGAUUUGGUGCUAUAUUGAAAGAGGGAAAGCUAGUAGAUGCCUACAGGUACUUGCAUAAGGAGAAGGACAUGGAGCGUGGCUUUUCAUGGUCAGGGAACCCUGUUGGAAAGUACCGUGGAAAAAGGAUGAGAAUUGACUAUUUCAUUGUUUCAGAGAAACUUAAGGAUAGAAUCGUCUCAUGUGAGAUGCAUGGGCAAGGAAUUGAAUUAGAUGGGUUUUACGGAAGUGACCACUGCCCACUAUCCCUGGAACUUUCUGCCAAGAGUUGUGAGUCCGAGACUUAAGUUAUAGCUAGUGUUGAAGAUGGUAGGAAAUUCUUGAUGCUACUAAUAGCUCCUGUGUGGACACUUUGUAGUGGCAUCAUUCUUUGUAGAUAGGUGGAAACCUUUCCAAUGACUUGUUCCUGCGUGCAUGUUUUUCGUCGUGUUUCAAAGAGAGGAAAAGACUUUAAAUCUGCAGUCUAGUUGUCUCGUUAACCUGAAUUUGUACGAGUGCUUUAGCCAAUUUACCACACUCUUUCGAGUUCAAAUGUUAAAGACAUCAUCGUUGAUUAAAAUGCUUAGUGGCUUAGUACUGUGCAUGCAUGUGCAUGGAGCAAAACCAGCAUCAAGUCUUCCAAUACGAUUCAGAAUAGAGGGUUCUCUC